AUGGACAAGAAGAAGGAUCAAGCAAAUUUGGCUGAAUCUAGAGAAGAGAAGGACAAUCUCUAUGCAAUGAUUUCAGAAUGUAACUUGGUUAGAAAUCUAAGAAAAUGGUGGAUAGAUUCUGGUGUCUCAUGUCAUAUUUGUGUCAACAAAGAACUAUUUGCAUCUUAUACUAGAGCACUUACAGAUGAGAAGUUGUUUACAGAAAAAUUCGUUAUUGCAAAGGUUGAAGGAACUGGCGAAGUCCUCUUAAAGAUGACAGCAGGCAAGGUGGUGACUUUAAGCAGGGUCUCGUAUGUUCCAGAAUUGCAAAAGAACGUAGUUUCUAUACCUAUUAUGACUAAGAACGGAUUCAAAUAUGUAUUUGUUUCUGAUAAAGUUGUAGUGAGUAAGAAUGAGAUAUAUGUAGGAAAAGGUUACCAUACUGAGUGA